UACUCUACACAAUAUACGAUUCUAUGGUCUUUCUUCUCAUUCUGAGUGCUUAAUAAUUCUUGAUAUUCAUGAGUAUUAGAUUUCUCAGUACGAGGGAACUUGUUGCAUGCUGUUAGAUUAAGGAAUCAGUUUUAUUCUUGUGGUGGUCAUUUAGAUUUGAUGGUGUAGAAUAUUCAAGAUUGCAGAGUAUCUGUUACAGUUGAUAAGCUCAAAUUCUCAGUUCAUCAGAACAGUCAAAUAUUGAAUUUUUGGCUCAAAACCCUCUGUUACAGUGCUACCAUUUCCUAAAUCACUUAUUGAAUUGUGAACUUUUUUAAACCUACAGCAUAAUUCACUACACGCAAGGUGUUUGAUAUGAUGCUUCAUGAUUUCUUUCAUCUCAUGCUAGCUUAAAACUGUUGUGGGUGGUUCUCCACCGUGCAAGCGGUCAUCUAAUUACCUUUUUAUCACCUAUCAAGGUGUUGUGUACUCUUGCAUCUGUCAUGUGUGAGCGUCAAAAUUUGGUGAUAUGUGUCUUCUAACAGUGGCAGAAUCGUAGUUUAUGCUUGGUUGGUCACUAGGUACAGAAAAUUUAGUAGAAAUAUAUCCAAUAUCUCGGUGAAGAUUCAAAAUCUUGAAAAUUUAUGUACUAAUUUGACAAUAAGGUAUCUUUUGACAAGAAAAACUAGCUCCAUAAAACCAACCCUGAUGCACAAUGAAUUCUCAAUGAUGUUUCUUUUUCAUUUUAAAAGAAGUGGGUUUUUCACUUAAUAAGCUUCUAUACUAGCCAUUGUUGACUGCUAGUUUCAUCAGUGUCACCAGGUCACCAACUUACAAAGUGUUGACCAAAUGAUGCACCACAUAAAUUGAAAGAUGAGACCGUCUACUUUCUGGAUCUAUAUCCAUUGUUAAAUUUCUAAUGAUAAAUGAAUUGCGGAAUUUUCUAAGUGAAUACAGUCGGAAACAGAUCUCAAAGUGACAAUCUUCAUUUACAAAGUUUGGGCUUAUCUAAGUAUAUGAUUCCUCCUUUCUUAGCGAUUCUUUUAAGUGAAUCAAACCUUUAUCUCUGUGGUUGAUCAUUUUUCGCAAUUUAAGUGUUACAGCACGUGCUUAUGAGUUGUUGAUUCUUAAUGAAAAUUAAAUUUUUCUAACUUAAUAUUGUUGGUUUUCCCUGACUCUUAAUCUAAUAUGUACUUACGUAUCUUGAUAUGAUUCUAGAGUUUCAAUUUGUAUUUUAUUGCAAAGUUUUUACCAGUAAAUUUGUGAAUUUUGUUUAUUUAGUUGUUAUCAUUGAAUUGAAGUGGUUACGGGAAGACAUCAAAUCAAAAUCCUCAAAUCCCGAUAGAAAUGAGAAGUUCUUGAGUUAGUUUAUAAGGGCUAUGUAAUUAGGAUUUAUUUGUUUGUUUACUUGUGGUAAAAUUUCUUAUACUUAUACGACUGAUUUGUAGGUUAUAAUGGAUGAUGAGGUUGCACAAGCUGUGGAGAAAGCGAUCAAAGAAUGGGAAGAGACAUCGUCGAUCAUUGAAAACAAUGUGAAAGCCAUUGAGGGGUUUGGCACAUCUGUUGAUGGAUUGACAGAAGAAGAGAGUUCUCAUCAUAGAUUGAAUGGUCUUGCACAAGAUGGGUUGGCGCUACUUAGGUCAUUUCAAUUCAGACUUGAUCUUCUCGCACAGCAGUUGCUUAUGGAAGAACAAGUACAGUCUGCUCAAUCGACUUUAAAGUCUUGGAAGGAUCAGUACCAGAGUUUACAUUUGGGACUGAGGAAUGCUAAUCUGCAAGCGCAGAUCAAUAUGAGAAAAGCUGCUCAGACAAAGGUAAUGGAGGAACUUCUUUUAGGAGGUGGAGAGGAGUCUACAAUUCACCGGCGCAAUUUACAAACUAAGGCUGGAAUGACUAAUGCUUCAGAAAGCAUCACUGAGAGCCUUAGGCGCACUCGUCAAUUGAUGGUUCAGGAGGUUGAAAGAAGUGAAUAUACAUUGGCAACUUUAGAUGAAUCGACAGGAGUAUUAAAGAAGGCAGAAAGUGAAUACGAGGGUCAUCGUUCGCUACUGAUGCGGACCAAAAACCUGCUAUCCACUAUGCGGCGUCAGGAUGUUCUUGAUAGGUUAAUAUUGCUGGUUGGCUUCCUCUUGUUCUCUUGUGCUGUUUUCUAUGUCAUAUCAAAACACAUGGGAUUGUUCAAGUUGCAGAGAAAGGUCAUAGAAGCUAUAAAGGCAGGGAUGAUUGUACCAGGAGAUUUGGGGGCUGGGGAAGCUGAAAACGGGUUUAAUGGAAUGCGUGUUGAUGACAAUGUUGUCCCUAACUUGGAGGUGCCUCCAUUAGAAAUGCACGACGAAUUGCUUGUCUCAGUUUUGGCAUAUUACUCCCUCCGUUUCUGAAAAAGAGGUACUAUCACUUUUUCAUUUUAGCCUAAAAGAGGUACUAUCAGUUUUGGCAUAUUACUCCAUUAGUACUAUUUACUCACUGACGAUUGUAAUCUGCUUGCUUAUCUGAGUUUUGGCAUAUUAUUAUUUACUCACUGGUCGUAUAUAUAAGAAAGCUCCACUAAUUUUAGACGUGUUUGUGCUGUUUAUUUGUUGAGCAUCUAACAAUCUGUGACAUGCUCGAUCAUACAUGAUGGAGGCCACUUGUUUGUAUUAAAUGAAAACACAAAUGCAUUUACUUUCUGUA